GUGCUGCUGCUGCUCUCCUGUUUGGUGUGCCCGGGGGUUAGGGUUAGUCUAAUGUGUUGUUGAUUAGUUGAUAUACUCCAGGGUGCAUCUGGCCGCCACAUGACGGGAGAUGCGAGGGCGUUCACGAGUGCCACUACAAGAAGGCAUGAACAUGCUCCCGCAAUUUGGAGCUUGACUAGGACACAACAAAAGCAAGCGAAAGCGAAAGCGCAGUGAGCUCAACCAAGGAGAGCUCGAUUCCAAGGCCUUUCAUGAGAAGAUCCGAUCUGUCAUCCUGGACGGAACCAAGUCCUUAGUGGAGUCUGCCACACUUCUGGGCUACCUGCAUAAAGGGGCGGAUGCUCAGACGGACUCCCUACUCUGUGCAGAGUGCAACCUGGCGAGUUUGUGCGACAUGGCCAAAGAACUUCCUCUGAUGGAUGAUGAGGACCCAGAAAGCUGCGUCCAGUUACUUGACGCCGGCACGUCCCAUCUGGACUUGUUUUCCCGCGUGACGGAGAACCCAGCAGAACAGGCGGCGGUGACGAUGCUGAUGGGGGAGGAGUACGUUAUCCCGCCGCGUGCGGCCUUCCUGCUCUCGGAUUUCUCCCGGAUGCAUCCGCUCCUCCGAUAUGGACACAAGUUUGACGUCAUCGUCAUGGAUCCACCAUGGGAAAACAAGUCUGCCAAAAGGAGUCGUAGGUACGCUUGUCUGCCUUCAUCUCAGUUGAAAAGACUCCCCAUCCCUCAGUUGGCAUCCCUAAAUAGUCUGGUGGUCACCUGGGUGACCAACCGACCCAGCCACCUGCGCUUUGUCCGCCACGAGCUGUACCCGCACUGGGGGGUGGAGGCCGUGGCCCAGUGGUUCUGGGUCAAGGUGACCGCAGAUGGUCAGUUUGUCUUCCCGCUGGAUUCACCGCACAAAAAACCGUACGAGGUGCUGAUCCUGGGGCGAUAUCGCGGACAUUCAAGCCCCUCAGAGCCUUGCGUCGGCGGCGUCACCCCCGUGCAAGAUCAGCGGCUGAUUGUCAGCAUCCCCUCGACUCUUCACUCCCACAAACCGUCACUGGCAGAGGUGCUGAAACCGUACAUGAAAGCGGACGGCGAGUGCCUGGAGCUGUUUGCCCGAAGCUUGCGAGCGGGUUGGACCAGCUGGGGCAACGAGGUUCUCCGUUUCCAACACAGCAGCUACUUCACGCUAGCGCCGCCCGAGGGCCGCUCCGGACCAGAGACGCGGGAUUUUUAACUUUUUAAUAAACAUUCGCAAAUAA